AUGGAAAAACAUGGUGUAGCUUAAUUAUUUUUAAAGGAACUUCAAAUAUUUCUGGCUCUGCUGUUAGGUGAGAAUUGCAUUAGCUUAGGUCUACAACAAUCAGAGGGGGUUGACUCCAUACUACCAAUAAUUUUGAAUUUUAUUUCUGGAUUAGCAUUUUUCAUAGUAUAAUACAAAGAUUACAAUAACGUCAAACUGUUUUGGAAAUUGAAAUUAUUAAUAAUAUUGAUAUAAGUAUCUUUGAACGUGGAGACGAGUCAAUAUUGCUUGAUCGUUGUUCAUUUGCUGGAUGAUUAAUUGUUGAAGGGUUUUAUUUUGGCAACAGCUCUAUUAAUAAACAUAAUACAAGAUCAGGAAAUAAAUUACGUAACAACGAUUCCAAAUGCCAUUUUGCUAUUUUUCAAUAUCCUCUAUUGGUUGGGGUUCUUUUUGGCGAACUGCUCGUACAACAAAGCUAGAAAUGCCUACAUUGAUUAAGGAUUUCAACAAAAGUCUCUUUAAUUGAAGGAGUCUAUCAACAACAGAGAUAUUGGGAGCAGAGUUAAUUAGCAGCAAUCAAUGAUGCAAGAAUUGAACCCACUGAAAAUGGAAUGCAAUGAAGAUGAGUAGAUUUUAAAACAUGUGGCAUGGAUAUAAAAUCAAUCAGUGUUGGUCUACAACAAUAAGCUUAACAUUGUUUAUUAGAAUAUAUUUUUAGGGAAAUUGUUAAGGUAAUCAACUUUAGACGAAUAACAAACCUAAUAAUAAUCAAAGCCUGAUUAUGAAGAGCAUUUUCUAAGUAGUUAGAUAUUGAUGGGCAGUAAGGAAUUGACUGACAUCAAUAACAACAACGAGCAAUCAGUCAAUAGCGAUGGCUCCUUCCUCUUGAAUAGGAUGAAUGACUCUCACAAGUGCCGCUUGAAUUCAAAACUCACAAUACGCGACUUGAUUUUGAUGAUGCAUAUUUAGUUCGAUAAAUGGUGCACGUGUAUGGUUACUCUGUUUGCAUUGAAGAGCGAAGUGCUCGACUUUGAAAAUGUCCAAGUCAAAACUUUUGUGAAUAAGAUAAAUGAGUCCUUCUAUGUCUUUUUUCUCUUUGAAUAGAAGCCAAUUCAGCGGAAAACUAUCGAGGGCAGCCUUCCAAUAAUCAACGUAUUCACUACCUUUGUGCACGAGUCGGUAAGUUAUAUAAAUUGUAUUUUAACCCUUAUCUUAUUAACCCAAAGCGAUUAUGAGAACACUCUCAAAAUAUCACUCAAACAGAACUAUUACACUCCCAUCAAACUCAUUAGUCAGCGCUUCUUCCUCUUCGUUAACAACAUGAGGGAUUACAUAUUCUACAUCUAGAAUCAGUUGUUUCUGAGGAUCUCAGCAUUCAGAGUGAGUGAUCUAGCCGAAGAGAUAUCAAACAUCUUCGAGGACAAUUUAAAGGUCAGAGAUGUGAAUUUAAUAACCUCAAUUGACUUGAGUGAUAAUAAUCAAGUGAUAUUCACUGAUAUGGAUAGAGUAAUUACAUCAUUUAAUUAGUUAAAAUAAAUCUUAGCUUGUUUAUUGACCUACUGUUUGAAGUACACCUCAGGAUCAUCCUUGAAAUUGGACAUCAAAAGUUAUACUGUUAGUGGAAUUAUGAUAUCUUUUAAAGACAGCAUGAUAGCCAAAGACGAAGGACUCAGAAAGUCUAUAACCAAUUUAAUAAAGACCUUGAAUUCAUCCCUCAAGACCUCCUCAUUUUAUUAGGUUGAUCUCAAUAACCUAUUGGAACUACAAAUUUGUGUUAUUUUAUGUUGGCAAUUAAGUGGCUCCUUUAAAAGAGGAAUAGAGUUCCUUUAUGAUAGUUAAGGAUAUGGGACCUUCACUUUUGUCGUAGAAUCAUAAACCAGUCAAUAGAGAAUGCAGAGUCGUCAAGAUACAGGCCCAAUCAAGAUCAUUGGACAAAGGAAAUAUUAUGAGACAUCCCUAUCCUUGUUGUUGGCCUAAGACAGCAGUGGCUAUAGAGAAGAAUCAAAGUAUAGAUUUUUCGUAAUUAGAUAUUACACGUUAAGUCAAUUAUCUAAGUAAUUCUCUAUGAAACCUGGGGAUGCUUUCGAUGUUCAGAGUGCUUACUUCUCCUAAAUCUCAAGAAUCAAACAGGAUUCCUCCAAUUCCAAGUAGGUCUAAAAUUCAGGUUCAGUUCCAAAGCAAUCGAAAGAACAGAGCAACAGUCACUCUGGCACUUGGAAACAAGCCUUCCCAGAUUCAGCCCAGCAUACCUAUAAAAAGAAUAGGAAUGAAAGAAGCGAAUCUUAGUAGGAUUCUGUUAAGACUCAUUCUGCUUAUGAUUUGGGAUUGGAGUAGAGCACUCCAUCUAUACAUCCUCCUGAAUUCACUCCCAAAUUGCUUCCGUCUGUCAUUAAGUAUAGAUUGAGACUCACAUGUUGUUCCAAAGUCUUGAUUGUUGAUAACGAUCAUUAUAGUGUGCUAUCCUUAUAGAAGGUAUUGGAAAAAUAUAAUAUAAAAUGUGACAAAGCAUUCAAUGGAGUGGAGGCUCAAUAAAUGAUUUCAAAUAAGUAAAUUAAACCUUGUCGUUGUGGAAAUAGGUCGUACUUGUUGUUUUUCAUUGAAUUUUAUCUGCCUGUAAAUAUUUUAUAAGGAUUGUAGCUUUUUUCAGGAAUUGAACUAGUGAAAUUUCUGAAGGAUGAGAUGAAAAGUGGCUUGAUUGAUAAAGGGUUUGCAAUAAUAAUUUCAACUUUUGUGGAUUUGAACUCGAAAUUGGAUUGUUUUAAGAAUGGGGCAGAUUACUUCAUUGCAAAGCCUUUUGAUUUGAUAGAUAUCGGAGCUGCAGUUUAAUAUUUAGAUUUUUGA